AUGAUUUGGACGAGUCCAAUUUGGAUGAGCCAGCUCAAAGUCGGUUCAAAUCGUUGUGUCUUUCCAUUUCAGUUCAGAAGAGUAAUUUUCAGUGGCCUACGAUGAAUUGAAAAGGCUGCGCGCUGGUGCCAAAGCAAACGAGAAGCGGCUUCUGGAGAUGUUGGAGGCCGAACACGUAGAGAUGGCGAACCUCUUGCACGCCGAAGGCCUCAAUUAUUUUUUCUGGUACAAAAGUUCGUUUCCUCUUUCUUGACUUUCUUCGACACUUAUUGAAAACUUGAGAAGGAAGAAAAAACGGUACAUUUUGCAUUUUAAGACACGAAGAAAGACUAAUAAUAAACUUAUUAUUUUCCAGCUAAUAUACACAUUGAACAAGCGAUUUUGCCAGGAGAGACAGUCGGCGACGCUUGCAAGCGAGUUUUCAGUAAGUUUGUCCAUUUCGUUUCUUAUUCCACUUCUACAUAUUUCAGCGCGCAAACUCUCUAAGAAUUUAAAGUUUUAUUGAUUGAGAUAAUUUUUCAGGGUCCCAUGACCGAUACAAAGAACUCUUUUCUCAACUGAACGAGGUUCAUUACGCGCGAAAUCCGGGUGAGAAGCCGAAGAAAUACCAGAAACUCCAAAACCCGCCCGCCCCGAAAACUUCGGAAGACAAUAACGCGAAGGAAAAAGAUUCGAAAGACGAAAAUCCGAAGAAGGCCUAG